AUGGCUUCUGAGGAGACGGCUCCAAUGACAGAGGUCCCUGUUAAAGUGCCGCAACCUGCUGAUGGAGCUCCUCCGUCGAUAGCUGAGCCUGCUUCAGGGACCGUCGCGGAGAUGUCGGGAGCUCUUCCCGCUGAGAAAUCCACUGAGACAGACCCGGUUCAAGCGACAGAUAGCGCGACAGCAAAUGGCCCUGUAGAGGAUGCAGCGGCGCCGCCUCAGGAGACACAAGAAUCAGUGGCUGAGUCUGCGACCGGCGCAACUGCUGCUGAAGACACUGAGACUAAGGAGACGGAUGACGCAGAGGCUGCUCAACCAGAGACAAACGGCGCAACCCCUGCCGACAAGAAGUCUUCGUCGCGGAGAAAGUCAUCCACUGUCGCUGAACACAAGGGGAAGAAGCUCAACAAGAAGAAGUCCAUGUCCAAAAUCACUCAUCUCGAUGCCCAACCAGGCGACUACUAUCUUGCUAGGCUGAAAGGGUAUCCCCCUUGGCCGUCAAUCAUCGCAGAUGAAGAUAUGCUUCCUGAUAUUAUGAUUAACACAAGACCUGUGACCACCAAGAAGGCCGACGGAACCUACAACGAAGCUUAUGCAGACGGCGGCAAGAAAAUGAGUGAACGAACAUUCCCUAUCAUGUUUUUAGGCACGAAUGAAUUUGUGUGGAUCCACAACACCGACCUAGCUCCAUUGACGCCCGAUGAAUGCAAGGAUAUCCCGGAGAAGGGCAAAGGCAAGGCUCUCCUCGCCGCAUACAAGAUCGCUGCCGAAGGCCACGACCUACAAUACUUCAAGAACAUGCUUGAUGAGCACGCAGCAGCUUUGCAAGCUGAGAUCGAUGCGAAGGAGGCCCGAGAGGCCGAGAAAGUUGCCAAAGCUGAGAAGAAGAAACGCAAGAGCGAAGCCAAGGCCGAGGUCGAGGAUGUCGACAUGGAAGAUGCUGAUGUCGACGUUGAGCCCAAGAAAUCUUCCAAAAAGCGUAAGAAGGAGGUCGACGAGGAGGAAGACGAAGAUGAGAAGCCUGCGAAGACUCCGAAGACCACCAAGAUCAAGUUGACCACCAGCAAGACACCCAAGACUGAGGAGAAGAAGCCCAAGGAGAAGGCAACCAAGGCCAGAUCGGAGAAGAGGAAGUCUCGAGCCGCUCAAGAGGAUGAAGAGAUGGCAGACGCGGUCGAACCGGAGCCAGAGGAAAAGCCUCUGGACCCAGUCGAGGCACGCAAGGCCCGUGAGAAAGAAGUGCUCUUCCUCCGCCACAAGCUGCAGAAAGGGUUCUUGUCCAGAGACCAGGCUCCUCAAGAAGAUGAGAUGCCAAUGAUGGCUACGUAUAUCAAGAAGCUCGAAGGCUACGCGGAUUUGGAAGUCAGCAUCAUUCGAACCACCAAGAUCAACAAGGUUCUGAAAGCCUUGAUCAAGCUCAACACCAUUCCAAGAGAUGAAGAGUUCCAGUUCCGAAAGCGCUCUGUAGAUCUUUUGAGCCAGUGGAACAAGAUUCUUGGUGCAGAGCCAGCGGAUGGCGAUGCUGCUGGCGACAAGGAUACUGCCACGAACGGUGUUCACGACGAAAAAUCCGAAGAAGCUCCCGAGGAAGACAAGAAAGAAGAGUCUUCUGCUCCUUCUGAAAAGCCUGCUGAGGCUGCUGAGGAGAAGCCAACAGCUGAGCCUGAGGCAGAAGAACCCGUGGCGGAUGCGGAGCCAGAAAAAGCUGAUGCUGAAGUGCCAAAGCCUGCAGAAGCCGAAGAACCCGUGAAGGCGAAUGAUGCGGCGCCUGAAACCGAAGAGAAGGCCCCAGAAUCAGCAGCGGCUGCGACAGAGGCUGCCGACGUUGUCAAGGCUGCCGAGUGA